AUGGCGCAGACGGCUGAAAGUCUUGAAGUUCCUCAUAUUUGUCCGAGCAGUGCUUCGCUCAUAAACCAGUUGGGUCUCUUGCAUUCACUGCUCAGAAUGUAUGCAUGCGAGCAUACAAAUUUUAUUAGAAUAAAUCGAUCAUUACUUCCUCGUUCAGUAGAGCGCACACGAAAGUCUGGGUACUCAAGGUUAUUCAACGCGCGCAGACUCAUCAAAAUGUCAUCAGAAAACCGUGUUGUUGUUCGUGCUCCCAUUGAUCGAUUAGGAGAGCCAGGGCAUCGCAUCAGAUCAUUUUUUCUCACAGCCAUCCUGUAUGGGACCCCACUUCUUGUGGUCGUCCAGAAAUAUCGUAGCCCACCACGUGACAUCUUCAUGAAAGUUUGCAGUUUUUUUGGAACUGAGGAUUUCUACACGCUUAUUAUCCCCAUCCUUCUUUGGAUUGUCGAUGGCCGUUUGGGGCGUUUGUUUCUGCUUCUCUUGGCUGUUGGUUUUUAUGUCACGGGAAUAUUGAAAAACACAUUGUGUCUUCCAAGACCUCCAUCUCCUGCUGUAGUUCCACUUGAAGUGACGUCAGAUUGGGCUCUUCCGAGUUUACACGCAGUCAAUGGUGUUAUUUGUCCGUGGUACAUUUUCUUCUAUGCUUAUAUUCACUAUGAGUGGACAGCUACGAUGCAAACAUCUCUCUUCCUGGUUACAAUUGUUUGGUCUUUCAUGGUCAUGUUUAGUCGACUAUAUCUGGGAGUGCACAGCCCUGCAGACAUCGUGUCUGGAGGUUUCAUUGGGUGUGGAAUAUUGGCAAUAUGGUUGCAGGUUGAUGUGGAUAUUGACACGUAUGUGCGAACAUCAAACACUGCUGUAUUAAUGGUUAUUGUAUGGUCAGCAAUCUUAGCAUUUGUUCAUCCGCAUUCACAACCUUACACUUUGACAUAUCCUGAUUCCGUCGUGUUAUUGGGCCUUUCAACAGGGCUAGUGAUUGGUACAUCAAAUUUUGAUCUACAUGUUGGAGCUUCUACAGCUCUUUUGGAUAGGCCCAAUGGAUUCACAUUGCCUCAGAUCAUUGGUCUUUCUGUUCUUCGAUUUGUGGUAGGAUCAUCUAUCUUGCUUCUGGUACGGAUUGUGAUGAAAAAAGUGUGUAGACCAGUCAUAUCUUGGUGUACUCUCAAUUGUGGACUGACACCAGUAAGCAGUAGCAAGAUUGUUGUGGAACACCCUACCAACAUGCACUAUACGCCAGCAUUUACACUCCCUGGGGAGAUUGUAGCAGACAAGAAUAAACAUAAUGAGAAAGAUGAAUCCAUGACUGCUCCAAGACCUUCCUUGGAAAAUAGUGAUAGAUCUGUUGAUAUUGACAUUCCAGUAAAGUACAUUGUAUACAGCUGCAUGGGAUGGUUUGCUAGUCAAGGAGCUCCUUUAUUGUUUCAUCUUAUGGCUAUCUGA